ACCCAGAGAACCCCCCCCCCCCCCACACACACACACACACACACGCACACUACUAUUUGAUGAUGUACAGACCUCUGUGUUUGGUGCUUGGCUGUUCACGCUGGAGAAACCAGACGGAGGUUGCCUCAGCUACGCAGCAUUAAACACACACAAAGUUGGGCUUUUCAAUCUCUAUCGGGAUUAUGGGCGAGAGAUUCCACCAACAAUGGAGAAAGAGCUUCACAAGUAUUUUAAGGGGUUAAAGCGGCAGAUGGUUAAAGCAGCUGCGCAAGGGGAAAUUAGCGCAAAGACUGGCAAGGAUCCCUUUUCAUUUGAGCUGUAAAGUUUCUUGUGUGAGAAGCUUCUCGUGAAUCCAUCUAAGGACAUGGCUUUUGCGCGUACAUAUAUGAUCAUUGCUUGGAAUUUGAUGUGCCGGUCGGCAAAUGCUUUCGGCAUUCGCCUUGGGCGCAUGGAAUGGAGCGGGGAUGCGUUGUGUAUCUAUUUCGCGCAUCAAAAAAAACGACCAAGAAGGUAACAGACCACGAGAUCCCAGGCACGUCUACGCUAACCCGUUAACGCCUUCUAUCUGUCCGGUGAUGGCGCUAGCAAUCUUUUGGGCAACAUCAUCUUUUGACGACACUGAUCGACUUUUUCCGGGAAAAAACCAGUACGAACGUUUUAGAAAAUGUUUGCAUCGGCUUUUUGAAACUGAAGAUAUAUCACAAGAAUUACGACGUCGUGGAAUUGGUAAAGACGAGUUAGGUACGCAUUCGAUGCGCAAAGGUGCCGCUACCUACUAUGCAUCAGGAUCCACGGCUUGCCUAUCGUCAACAGCAGUUCAUUUUCGAACAGGAUGGUCACUAGACGGAGUCCAGAACACUUACCUCCGGUAUGAAGCUGCCAGAGACAUGCAUGUUGGUAGAACAGUCACCGGUUUACCACCUGGUAGUCAUGAAUUCGCUGCUUUGGCACCUCAUUUUGGUGAACAAGAUUCUCUAGUGGAAAGCGCGAUAUCGUGUACAUUUCCUGGACUACCUGAUCACCUCAAGUUUGUUGGUGAGUUUUGCCUAGCAUCAUUAGUGUACCAUUCACAUUACCUGCGAUCGCAUCUCUCGAUUGAGCAUCCUUUAUUGGAAUCAAUACUUUUUCAACACCCGGCAUAAUUCGGGUGUGAGUUCUUCGCAUCGUAACGUCGCUGAUCAAAUUCAAAUUUAUUUAGAAAUUGUACUGAGACACUACUCCAUACUCCUAAUGUAUUCAGUGCUUGGUGAG